AUGGCUUCUUUGAAAGGUUUGGUAAGGCUUCAGAGGCUGUCACGUAGCACACCUCGAGGCUUUGCCAUAGCCCCCUCCCUUGGCUUCGUCGUCGUCGUCGACGAGGUGCGGAAUCAGGUCAUUGUGGCCAUGGCUAUGGCGAUGCCAUUGCCCGUGUCCCAUCGGCCAUGGCGGGCGCCCCCCACACUACUCCAGCACCGCUAUGGCAACGCGCCCGCGCCCCGAAAGCCGCCGAAGCAUGCUGCCGUUUCGUUCCAUAGCUUGUAUCUGAGAUUGCAACUGGGUAGAAUUAGUGACCAUGGAACUUGCGGUCUCUCGGGUGGAGUAUUUCGCGUGAGGUGUGCAAGCAAGAGCGCCAUGCGGGUGCUGCAGGAGGUGGAUGCCGCCAGCGUAACCGAUGCCGCCAAGCUACUGGUUCGGAGGUCGCGAGGGCUGUCGCGAGUUACACAAUUGGAGGUGUUGGAGGAGCUUGUGCUUCGGGGACAAUGUGAGCUUGUGAUUCCUGUGUACGAAGCCGUCAGAAAAGAAACCAAGUACAAAUGGGAUGCGAAUCUACAUGCUCGAAUUGUUGCUAUGGUUGCUAAGGACGAGCAACUAUUAGCUAAUUCGUCACAACUACUUGAACCACGAGAAACUCUAAAUCUUAAGCAGAGGGCGCAGCUUGAGUGUGCUUUAAUCGAAUGCUACAUUAUCCAAGGUCUUAUGAACCAAGCGCAUGAAUCCUUUCUUAGGAUAUGCGAAUUGCCUUUGGCCAAGUCUCGUUCUCUAGGAUACAGGGCUUUGGUACGUGGGUACUCUGCUGCAGAGAAACCCGUAGAGGCUGAGAAGAUGUUGCUGGAGUGGAAAUUAACAGGGUAUUUACCGUCAGUAGACGACUACAAAGCACUCCUAUUGGGAUACGGGAAGCUUGAAAUGUUAUCCGACAUGGAGAGGAUAACCAAUGACUUGCAAAUGAUAGGAAUGAAGCUUGACACUGCGGGGUUCAACAUCAUGAUCACGGCUUAUUGUUAUGCUGGAAGGCUGGAGAGGAUGGUAGAAAUCUUUCAGCAAAUGGAUGAGGCUGGUGUAAGACCAUCUCUGGUCUCUUGGAAUGCCCUUACUAAAGCAUGUCGUGCGCUUGCUGGUGUGGGCCUUGAAGUUAGUGGUGCAAUGGCCAGUCCCCAAACUCUAUUUAGCAGGCUUUAUGACGAAGACGCUUCAUCCGAGGAGCUUAGUAUUGUUCAACUUCUUUUGGCUCGGGGGCUUCCACCUGAGUGCGUUGUAUUCUCACCAGAUGUCUGGCAACUAGAUUUACAUAACAUGUCUCUGGGGACUGCUUCAAUAAUGCUUCCGCUGUGGUUGGACUCUUUGAGGGAUCGGUUUCAACUUAACCAUAAACCUCCACUGGAAGUAAAACUUAUUACAGGAUGGGGAAAACAUUCGAAAGCGGAUGUCAAAGCUCCCGUUCGGAAGAUGAUCGUGGCUGAGCUGGAGGUCUUGAAGAGCCCUUUCAAACCAGAUAGUGAGAAUCGUGGGGCUUUAAUUACCCGAGGUCAUUUGCUGAAGAAGUGGCUCUCCACUUUACCAAGCUAGCGAAAUUGCCUCUUGUGAUGAUUGGUCUGCUUAUCUGUUGAUUUAUGUCAAUCAGAAACCACGAGUUUGUGGAUGAUUGAUCGAGCCCCCCCACAACAUGUCUUCGUUCAGCAUUCGCAUGUACUGCAAUGUACAAUGAAAGGUGGUUUCUAGCACCGAAGUGCAUUUGCUAGCUUACUGCUGUGAUUGCUUGGUAAGUGUAGAGUUUGCAACUGUUGAAUAUUAUCAACUUUUAGAAGAGUUCUGACACUCUGGGGUCACGAAUCAAUCUAGUGAUACGCAAAUGAUGGAUUCUAAAUUCAACUUGACUUUAUCAGCAACUCCUGGGCACAUUUCAGCGGUCCAUGCAACUUCUACGCAGUUUUUGUUGUGAUAUCAUGCAACAGAACUGCAAUGCGGAGAAAAGCUGAUGAUUGGGAAGGGUAAGUGUCGGGCAAUGGAAGAGGAUUACCAGUACCAUCUUGUGGAGGAGCUCCAUGGGCACAAUCUUAAACAAAGCUAUAGGUAGUAAUUCAAGACACUCAUCUGUAGUUCCAUUUUGCUCACAUAUUUGGAGCAGGGUGCUGCUAUGAUUUUUCCUGGAUACCGAUUCUACACAAUUUCAGAUAAAUUUCAUAGUUGAAAACACCAAUUUCAGGUGCGGCUUUUCUAGAAGAUGUAGGACUAAGCUUCUUAAGAGCCUUGAGAAUGUUGGGCAUGCUGUUCCUCCAACAUGGUGAAGGCAGGGUGAUGCGUAAAGUUUGGAGACGGUAGCAGUAGUUUCUCAUUUUUUGUCCACUACCGAUGUGGUAAGCUUUAUAAUAUAUUUAUAACAUAGAUUAGAGUGAAGAAAUAUCAUCUGUCUAAAAUAAUAAAAUGCUCUAAAUUUGACUUGAAAUAAAUAACAAGACAAUUUCAUUUUUUUGGAGAAA